UGGCGCUUCAAUCGUUUUCGGCAGUUUGACCUUCAAGUGAUCAGUAACCUUCAUCGAUGGACGAUGUGGUUAUGAUUACCCCUUCAUAUAACUUCGUCAAAUCAAUCCACAGGUCGCUAUCGGAAACAAAUAAUAUCUCUUAUCUUAAACUUCUUACAGAUUCUCUACUGGUUCUUGAUGUUGGUCAAGAGUUUUCGUUAACGUUUGCGGAUAAUCAUGGUUUGAAAGUCAUCUUUUUGGAUACAUUUGUUGAAUGGACCUGUCAAUUCGCAUCUUCAUUUCCUGCUUCCCUCAGUGACAACACUGGAGGGAUCCGCAUGGCUGGAAUAGUCAAUGACAUAGUAAUGGAGACGCUUGCCUUUAUUAAUGACAUUACAAAUGAAUUGAAAUUGGGAUAUUCCAAAGUACCUAAACCCCUGAUGGAUUUUUCAAAUCACCUGAAGUUUUUGAUGAAAACUUCAUCUAGGCGUGCGUUUGGCUGGAUUGAUUAUUGUUGUAAAUUAAGGAGUUACUGUAGCAGAAUGUUACAUUGUAUCAAAUUCACAAAUACAUCUUUGGCAAGUUAUACUUUUUAUUGUAUAAAUUUACAUCUAGUCUUCUGAAGAGGAUUUAGAGGAAGUUUUUGAACCGUAUUCGAAAAUCCCAUGCACCACGUAAAUUACCUUUUUUUCUUAUAGAGGAUAAUGAAAGCUUAAGCAUUUCAGCAUUAAAAACAUUAACUAAACGUGAAGUAAUGAAAGACACUGUUAAUAUUGAGGACUCAUUAAUCUCAUUGGAUAUUCAUAUGGAUUCAAACUUGUUCAGUAACAUUUACAGACUGGCGUAUGAUAAGAGCGGUAUUAUACAGAUCAUUCAACAGGUGCAAACAGAUUACCAGGAUCUAAAUAAAGCAGAUAAUAAAAACUUACCCAGUCUUGCCAACAUUCAACAACAUUUACUUAAAUUGUCAUCAGUUUUUAUUACUUUGGAUACUUUGAGGCGAUUCAGUGACGAAAUACCACUUGAACAACUCCAAACACCAGUAAUUUUAGCCGAUAGUAAGGGAUUGAAACAUACGCCCAUAAUUAGUGGUAAUGAAAACGCUGAUAUGAAUUGUGAACGAAAAGGAAGAAAAUUAGUUGACAAAUGUUGCUUUGAACAAUUUUGUGGGCCAUCACCCUCAACAUCAACGUGUACACCUGUCCCUGAAGAAAAAAAGAAAGUUCGGAAGUAUAUAAUCCGUCUUCCGAAAGAGGAAUGGAAAUCACACAAAACACCUUGGACAAUUGAAGAAUCUAUAGCAUUAUGGCAUGGAGUAAUGUAUGCUCCUGGUUCGAAAAGUUGGUCUCAAAUCUGGCAUCAAUCCUUUCGACAUAGUAAUCGUAGUCAAGUAAAUUUAAAAGACCGGUGGCGUGUAAUAGAUAAUAGUGAAACUAUUAAAAAUGUAAUUCGACAGGCGUAUAUUAGUUGGACAUCACAGUUUACAAAUGGAAAAGGCAGUCCAAUCAAAUAUAAUCAUUUACCAAUGCCAAUUAUUGUACGUACCUGUCAAUCAACUUAACCUUUGUAUUUUCUGAAUCUUAACAUACUAAAUGUGCAAUAUAUACAAAUAUUUUGUUAAAUUCAAAUUUUCCAUCAUCAUUAAAAAUCCAUAUUUUUCGGUGAGGGAAAAGAAACAAAAUUGUUCUUAUUAACGUUUCGCUACUUACUAACUUAUUAACUUUAUCAAAGUAAUAGUAAACCGGGAUCUAUAAAAA